AACUUAUCUCUCAUGGCAUAUUUUUAUAGGUAUCUAAUGACAUUAAGAAGGCAGACUUUAGUACAUUUUCUACACAAGUUUAAAUGUGUAGCAACAAGAAGUUUGUCAUCAAAAUCUACAAGCAUGAGUGGUGGAAAUGUUCACAAAACAGCACAGGAAGGCUUUAAACAGGGAGACCACUAUGAUAAAAGUAGGCCGUCUUACUCAGACGAGCUUGUUACACAUGUUGUCAGUAGUCUUCACAAGGGAGACUACAAAGACACACAAUAUGACAUUGUAGAACUUGGUGCAGGAACUGGAUUGUUUACUAGGAAAAUAAUGGAGAAGUUUAAAGAUAUGCCAAAAAUACGAUAUUUAGCAACAGAGCCAUCAGAUGAAUUUUUAUCAGUAUUAAAACAGCGCUCACCUAGUGUCGAUACCCUAAUCUGUUCAGCCACAAAAUUACCCUUUCCUGAAAAUUCUGUACAGAAUAUCAUUUGUGCUCAAUGCUUUCACUGGUUUGCAAACAAAGAAAGUUUGACUGAAAUACAUAGAGUUCUUGUUCCUGGAGGUAGACUUUGUAAGUACAGACUUUUUUUGCCAAAACAUUUUUUUAAAAAAAUGAAUGAUGCUGGAGAAAAACUGGUGGAAGGCGUUUUAACACUCUAUUAUGACGACACACCACGGAAGAUAAAUGAGACAUGGAAGAAUGUAUUUGAUAAUUGUUCAUUAUUUAGAUGUGUAGAACGGAGAUACCUUGCUGGUAUUGACGGUAUGAAGGGUGACAAAGAUUUUGUGCUCAAUCAUUUCACGUCAAUCAGUGUUAUAGCGAGGCUGGACCCCCGGCGGAAAGAGGAGGCAGUGCAGAAAUUCCGAGCCGUGCUUGACGAGACGUUUACAGAUGAUGUAGAAAUAAACAUUCCUUUUAAAUCUGAUUUUUAUUGUACUGAGAAAGUUAUACAAUAAAAUGUGAUUCAAUUUA